UUUACAUGCAGUACUCUCUCUCUCCCUCUCCACUCUUCCUCCUGAGAGAUGCCGCUGAAGAGUCCGAUCACAUAGGCGCUCCUCGGCUCGGCCAGCAGCAGUUUCAGUUUCAGGUGGCAGAUGAUGAAACCUGAACAAGUGCCCCUGCUCUCCUGGAGCUAUCCGGUACACGAAUCUGACUGAUGCUGCUUGUGGGGGAGCGCCGCAUCCACACAUUUUAAUUUGUAUAUCCGCUUUCGGGUUGUAUUCUUUGUACAAAUCCUAUGACGAAGUUGUGUGUGGCAAGUGGGGACCACACCGUCACUCAUUUAUUUCUUUUGUAUCACGUUAGAUUCAAGUUUUCAGACUUAUGUGUGAUAGCGGAAACAUUGUCAAGUUAGCCUGGGAGGGACUUGAGAAAUUGCGACGGGAAACAUUCUGGGGUGUCUGGGGUGGUAAGGGGGGUGGGGAGACGGGGGGGGGGGGGGGGGGGGGGGGGGGGGGGGNGGGGGGGGGGGGGGGGGGGGGGGGGGGGAGUAGGGGGAUUGAGUGAAGUCAGGGGGUUAGUUAUGAAUCGGGUGAGGGCCUUGACAACCAUUCGGCAUCUGAGAGUGUCGCUUAUCCAAGCAGGAGGAUUACCAUGGGCUCGAUACCCUUGUCACGUCGACGCCGUGUCGAAUGAUGCACCCCCCCCAAGAAGACAUGGGGGGGGCGGAAAAGCACAAAGGGGUCAAAGCCGAUGGCAGUCGUCAGCAUCUCGAAUUGCGACGGCGAGGCUGCCGGCAGUGGCCGUGGAUGCUCUGGCAUCCAUGGUCGAGGAUGAUGCAAGCCUGGAUCCCUUUGCGCUAGUUGCAGACGAGUUGGACCUGCUGGCAAAUCGUAUGCGCUCGAUGGUGAGAGCGGAAGUUCCGAAAUUGGCGACAGCGGCUGAGUAUUUCUUUAGGCUCGGCGCUGAGGGGAAACGGUUCCGCCCGACGGUGCUCUUGCUUAUGGCUUCGUCACUUAGCAGUGUGGAGCCAUUUGCGUGUCCAGGCACGUCGUGCACAGGAAGAGAUUUGUCGGCGCUUGGUACGUCCUCUUCUUCUAUGCCAUCCUCCCCAUCAUCACCUCCGUGGUCAUCGUCGUCGUCAUUAUCAUCUUUAUCAUCCGAUUCCUCUUCUUCUCCUAUCGCUGACGAGAGACGAAGUAGGCAGCAAAGACUCGCAGAGAUCACAGAGAUGAUCCACGUGGCAAGUCUUUUGCACGACGACGUUCUUGACCAUGCGAGCACGAGAAGGGGUGUGGGCUCCCUGAACUACGUGAUGGGCAACAAACUGGCCGUCUUGGCCGGCGAUUUCCUCCUUGCACGUGCCUCCUCGGCAUUAGCGUCUCUGAGGAACGUGGAGGUGAUCGAAUUGUUGUCCCAAGUUCUAGAGCACCUUGUAACUGGGGAGACGAUGCAGAUGACUGCCGACUCGCGAGAGUGUAGCAGCAUGGACAACUACAUGAAGAAAACGUUUUUCAAAACGGCGUCCUUGAUCGCCAACAGCUGCAAGGCGAUCGCGAUUUUAGGUGAACAGCCGGCUCCCGUCGCAGCGCUUGCCUACGAGUAUGGGCGCCACCUCGGGCUCGCCUUCCAGGUAGUCGAUGAUGUGUUGGACUUCACGGGCUCGAGCAUGACGCUUGGAAAGCCAGCACUCAACGAUCUCAGUCAGGGUAUUGCAACGGCGCCUGUGUUGUUCGCAGCGGAGGAAUUUACUGGUAUGUAUGAUCUAAUCUGGAGGAAGUUCAAGCGAGAAGGAGAUGUGGAGCAGGCGCUCAAAUGGGUUCAACAGAGCAAUGGCAUCGAGAGGGCAAAACAGUUAGCAUUGCAGCAUUCGUUAGCGGCUAUUGCUGCUCUUGAACAGCUGCCGCAGUCGGACGUAGAGCAUGUCUUGAUAUCAAGACGAGCUUUGUCCAUGCUGGCUCGGCAUGUGUUAACAAGGUCCAAGUAGUUUUUCGCUCGCUUGCCAACGGCAACAUGCAUGCAUGCAUGCAUGCAUGGUUAAGAGGUGGGGAGGGAGGCUGCUGGGGAUGAUGUAUGUAUGGAAUUGCGGCGGGCCUCCUGUUGUUUUAAAAAAGGGCGACGAUGAAUCCAGUUGGGAAGCAGGGGACUCGGUCGGCCACUUGCUGUCUAUCAAGACGAGCUUUAUCCAUGCUGGCUCGGCAAGGUCCAAGUAGUUUUUCUUGCCCUUGUGAAGGGCAACAUGCAUGCAUCAUGGUUAAGAGGUGGGGAAGGAGGCUGGGGAUGAUGUAUGUAUGGAAUUGCGGCGGGCCUCCUGUUGUUUUAAAAAAGGGCGCGGAUGAAUCCGAUUCGGAAACGCAGGAUCCGCCCGGACUUGCUUUGCGCUGAUGCCUCUCUGCUCUUUUGUCCUGUUAGUGCGAUAUAAGCCAUCCGGUGGCGUCUGACAAUGGUGGUGGCUUGUGCAACAAACUGGAGGCUCAAUGCUGGGGGAAAGCAGGAUCACAAAUUGCAGGUCUGGCUCUCGUAUUGUUCAUCCAUCCCUGUUUCACUCACUCUCUGCUGGUGCCGUCUGUGUUGCCCUGUGAUCGCCGCCUUCUGCUUCCGGGCGGACAUGUUUCCAACUUCGUCUUCUCUUCCUUCUUCACGUGUGUCUUGCAAAUUACAAGUGGUCUGUGUUGCCCUGUGAUCGCCUCCUUCUGCGUUGGGGCGGACAUGUUUCAAUUCAACUUCGCCGUCUUCUUUUCCUUCUUCCUGUGUCUUAGAAAGUACAAGUGGACAUUUUUUUCUGAAUGCUGUUUGGUUAUGGGUUUGGUAGCACGAGGCAUAGAUUGCCAUUCUUUGAGGGAAAUCCUGCCUGCUGUAGAAGGGGAUGCAUUGUUUUCCGUGGAGUCCGGGAAAAUUAUGGAGCUGCUGCUAGUGAUGAGCCUCUGUAAGGAAAUUGUGGAGAGGCGAACAGAAAAGAAAAGUGUGCGCAAUACACAAUCUGCGGCAUACACCGGGACAGAUGUGCUGCCUAUUGCUUGCUACCAAGCGUAGAUUGUCAUUCUUUGAGGGAAAUCCUGCCUGCUGUAGAAGGGGGUGCACUGUUUUCCGUGGAGUCCGGGAAAAUUAUGGAGCUGCUGCUAGUGAUGAGCUUCUGUAAGGAAAUUGUGGAGAGGCGAACAGAAAAGAAAAGUGUGCGCAAUACACAAUCUGCGGCAUACACCGGGACAGCUGUGCUGCCUAUUGCGUAGUCUGUCCAGGUACAGCAGAGGCUUGCAUGCAGGUUGCAUUUCGGCGAGGACUUUUCCAAGGUAAGUCUUCUUUUUCCAUUUGGAGAAGUAAUGUGCACUGUGCUAACAGGAAAAGAUGAAUUGGACAUUCGUUAAAAUUGGAGCGGUACACACAAAAUUCGCAUGGGCCUUGUGCAAGGAAGCAUGACACGCACACUUUGAGAAAUGGUCCGCAUAUAGAAAAAAGAGGGGAAAAAAAGAAAAAAGACGAAUUGGAGAGGUGAGGAGAGCGCUGGACGGGACUAAGGAUUUGGGGGUUGAGAGGUGAAGUCCAUAUGCCAAGCAUAGGCCUAAAUAACUUCGGCUUAGAGUAUACCCACCCCUGGUAAGAGUAAAAAUCGAAAAUUCUACAACGUAUCACAUCCGAAUAUGUCUAAUUUUGUUCCCACCCACCGACCACUGGGAAAGGAGUAAGUGUGUCCCUUUUUUUUUGGAAAAAAUAAAUGUUUACGCUAUAUUGGCAGAACUGCCAUGGGAAUGCACCUGGACAGCUCUGCCACUCGUUAAAUAAUCCACAGAAAGACGGACAGGAGAGGCUUUUACAAGUUUUGUCCUCUUGGUGUGAACUCUUACACGGUUUUUCCUUUUGGAGAUGACGCUUGUCGCCCUAACAGGAAGAUAAAUUGGCAAAUUCAAC